AUGGAGUCCUCCAACACUAUUCACGGAAUCAUCACAUCCUUCCAUUGUUAUCACUUCCGCCUCUCUCGGACAUAUGUAGAAGUUUCACGGAAUGAAGGAGGCCGCCUCAUACGUCAGAGAAAAGAAGAAGAUACUGAGACUGGUUUGGAAAAGGAAGAUACCUUCACAUUAACUGAGAAAAUUAAAGAGUUAGUGAAUGAUGAGAAGAGUUUAGAGGAGGAAUGGGAAAUAAAGAAAUUUGACGGGCAGCCUGCUAAGAUCAAUAAGGAGAUCAUUAAGGAGAAGGGAAAGCAAUCAACAGAUGAAGAUGUAGAUCCUCACAAUAGCAUAUGCAAUGGUUGCAACUUUGAGAUUCAAGACGGACUAUCUGUCAAUGCCUUUGGUGCUGUCUGGCAUUCUCAAUGUUUAUGUUGCCUUCAUUGCCACAAACCAAUUGCUAUGGACGAGGUUUCAAACUCAAAGAGAAAGUUUCACAGACCUUGCUACAGGGAGCAUUGUCGUCCAAACUGUUAUGUCUGUAGAAAGAAAAUUCCUUCAACUAAGGAAGGUAUAAAGUACCAUAAGCAUCCGUACUGGGAGGAGAAGUACUGUCCUUCUCAUGAAGAUGAUGGAACUGCCAAGUGUUGCAGCUGUGAAAAAUUACAAGCUUGUAGAACAGAGUAUGUAAUGCUUGCUGACAAUCGGUGGCUGUGCCUAGAAUGUAAGGAAAGCGCGAUUAUGAGUACCAUUGAAUGCGAAUCUUUGCACACUGAAAUCCGUGAGUUCUUCAAAGGCUUAAACAUGAAGGUUGAGAAAGUAUUUCCUCUUAUUUUGGUGGAUCAACAAGCGCUGAAUAAGGCUGAGGAAGAGAAUGUGUAUGGGGUGGUAACUAGAGGUAUCUGCCUGUCUAAAGAGAAGAUGGUCACAAGGGUCCCUAGAGGGCCAAACAAGCAGCUAGUAGGCAUGGCUAGAGAAUCUCAAAGGUUCGUUCGCGAGUGCAGCGUCACAGCAAUUCUCAUCCUAUAUGGACUUCCGAGGUUGCUAACUGGAUAUAUUUUGGCGCACGAGAUGAUGCAUGCUUACCUUAGACUCAAAGGUUAUAGGAAUCUUAACACGGUUCUUGAAGAAGGAAUAUGCCAAGUGCUAGGAUACAUGUGGUUGGAGUCUCAAAGAUGCUCCACUAGUGAUACUGCAUCAUCAGCUUUUUCUUCCCAAACUCCUCCACCUACGUUGCUGAAACGAGACCAGUCUGAUUUCGAGAAGAAGCUAGUGGAGUUUUGCAUUAAUCAGAUAGAAACAGAUGAAUCACCGGUCUACGGUGACGGGUUCAAGAAAGUUAACGAGAUGAUGGUCUCAAAUCAUUACAACCUUAAGCAUACCCUAAAGAGCAUUGCUAUUGCUUCUAAGAUUCUACAGGAUUCAAAGUUUUGA